AUGAGGCCAUUCACCUUUGUGCGAUUCAUCUUGUUUUUUGCAUGCCUACUUGCAUGUUCACCUAUAGUUUCUGCACAAGCUGAGACUUAUACUGAUGAAGAAUUGGACGCCAUGUCCGAUGAAGAUCUUGAACUCAUCUGCAUCGUUCGUGGGUUUGAAUUGGUCAAGGAUCAUGUAAACGAAGAGACUGGAGAAGUAUAUACAAUACAACAUAGUGAUUAUAUAGAGGCUGCGAAACAAUGUUUAUCUAUUGAAAGUGAAAUGAAUGAAAUUCUCGAAGAGCACCCCGAGUUGAGAGAAGAAUUGGAGGAAGAAAUAAUAAAGAUGCAACAAGAACAACAAGCACGAAAAGAAGAGUUAGAACAUUUGAAGCAAGAAUUGCAAGACAAUGAAGGUGAUGCCUCAGAUUCUGCCUCUGAGGGUGCAGCCUUUAUUGGAAAACCAAAAAUGGAAGAUGCGUCCGAUUCUGCCUCCGAGGGUGCAGCCUUUGUUGGAAAACCAAAAAUGGAACAAACACAGGAAGAAACAGUUGAAGAACCUGCUACACCUGAGGUAGAGGAUCAACAAACAAUCCAAAAUGAAACGUUGGAGGAGGAAGUAGAGGAAGAAGCUUCCAAUGCUGACGCAGAAGAACAAGAAGUAGAUAGUACUGACAAUAUUGAAUCUGGCACGCAGUCGACAGCAGACAAGAUGGAAGGCCUUGAAAUUUCUGAUGAAGAGCGAAUUCCCUUGAACGAAAAAGAAGAAGCUGCUUUGGCAGAGCAAGAAGAGAUUAUACCUGACGAUCUGACUUUAGAAUAUUUGAGAGUGGAGUUUAUCAAGUAUGUCAAGAAGGAUAUUGAGCGGGUGACCCGAAUCCUAAUCCCCAUUCUAAAACCCAUGCUGAGCGCAGGUGAUCUGGCGAUCAGAUACAUUCGUGCAGCACUUUCAACACUCAAGGAUGCCUAUAGCAGUCAGCCCAAUUCUACCGAAGAGAAAGCAGAAGCAUAG